CCAUCCCAUCCCAUCCCAUCCCAUCCCAUCCGUUUUUCUUUUUGGCCUUUAUAUAUCUGAACAAAUCGUCAAUUCAUUUCAAUAAUUUCGAUUCUGUUCCCAGAUCGUAGAAGGACGUUCGGAUCGGGAUUCAAUGGCGGCAGCUCGACGCCUCCGGGAUCUCCAAUCGCAACCCGCGAACAAGAUCUGCGUGGACUGCUCCCAGAAGAAUCCGCAAUGGGCCUCCGUCUCCUACGGCGUUUUCAUGUGCCUCGAGUGCUCCGGCAAGCACCGCGGCCUCGGUGUCCACAUCUCCUUCGUCCGAUCCGUCACCAUGGACUCCUGGUCCGAGAUCCAGAUCAAGAAGAUGGAGGCUGGUGGCAACGACAACCUCAACUCCUUCUUAGCCCUCCGAGGAAUCCCUAAAGAAACCGAUAUCGUCUCCAAGUACAACACCAAAGCCGCUGCCGUUUACCGCGAUCGAAUCCAAGCAUUGGCUGAGGGCAAACCUUGGCGCGACCCGCCCGCUAGCAAGGAAACCCUCGGCGGCAGCGGCAGAAAGCCGCCACUUUCUCAAUCCUCGCCCAAGGAUAAUGGUGGUUGGGAUAGUUGGGAUAAUGAAGAUGCAAUUAGAUCUUCCGACGACAUGAGGAGGAACCAAUCCGUCGGCGAUUUUAGGGCUAAUGGUAGCGGCGCCAUGGCUGGUGGUCGCCCGAGGUCGAGAUCGACCGAGGAUAUUUAUACGAGAUCGCAAUUGGAGGCCUCUGCUGCUAGUAAAGAAACCUUCUUUGCCAGAAGAAUGGCAGAGAAUGAGUCGAGGCCCGAAGGUCUCCCGCCUUCUCAAGGUGGCAAGUAUGUAGGGUUUGGAUCGGGCCCUCCGCCUUCCCAGAUGAAUAAUUCACAACCAGACGUAUUGUCUGUUGUCUCCCAGGGAUUGGGGAAGUUGUCUUUGGUGGCGGCUUCAGCAGCUCAGUCAGCUGCUACUGUUGUCCAAGCAGGCACCAAAGAGAUCAGCUCUAAGGUGAAAGAAGGUGGUUAUGAUUACAGGGUGAACGAAACUGUCAAUGUUGUGACUGCAAAAACAACAGAGAUUGGACAAAGAACUUGGGGGAUUAUGAAAGGUGUCAUGGCAAUGGCUACACAGAAGGUCGAGGAAUAUGCCAAAGAUGGCGGGUGGAAGAAUGAGAGCGAGAGUAACGGUUAUUAUCAGGAGUUCAAUAAGCAAGAUAACAGAGGAUGGAAUUCUAACCCUAGUGCUGCAGCCGGACAGUCUUCAUCAGGCGGAAAUGGUAGCUCGAGUGGGAACUACAAUUCAAGUGGAAGCAAUCAUACAAGUGGCAACUGUAGUUUAGGUGGGAAUAUUAACAAUUCGCAUAGUUCAUGGGAUGAUUGGGAUCAGAAGGAGACGAGGAAAGUAGAUAGCAAAAAGCCCACUGGAUCAAACAGCGGUGGUGAUGCAUGGGCUGGAUGGGAUGAUGCGAAAGAUGAUGGAUUUGAUGAUAACUUCUACCAGCCUGCUGCGAAUAACAAGAAAGCUACUGGCAGCAAUGGGAAACCAGAUUCUUCAUGGACAGGCAGAGGUUUUGAUUAAGGUUAGACUUCUUGCUUACGCUCUCUGUCAGUUUGAAUUCUUUUCCUCACUUGGUGAGCCUCAUUAAUGGCGAUUCUUUCUGCUUCUGGCUAGCUAGAUUCGUCGGCUUUCAGUUUGGCGCAGAUCCUGAGUUUUCCCUGUUAUGAUGGUGGGCUCGGCUUCUACAUUGGGCUGGUGGGGUUGCAAUGGUGGCAAAUUGUUUGGUGAGGAUCUGUAAUAUUCCAAUUUCAAGUGAAGGGUGGCCGUGGAUCAGAUCCUUAACAAUUGAGGGGAUGCAUCCAUGGAGGAUGGUAUAUUUUUCUGAAGACAUGUCGGGUCUUUCGUUCUCUUUUUUAAUUUCCCUUUCUUGGUGGAAUCAUUUCUAUUGGAUCUACAUUCCUUCGAGGGAAUUUGUUGCGUGUGAAACAGGGAGAAUUGAGUUUUCUUUCUGUCCUUUCUUAUCUCGCUGGGUUGGAAUAUUAUUCUGGGGCUUCGAAGGUCGAAAAAGUUGCUUUUCGAUAUAUUUUUGUAAUGCUGAUGUAAUCAAAUUUGUGUAUCAUUUUCGUUUCUUUCAGCAACCGGUCCUCUCCCCAAAGGUUGUCAAACCAAAGUCAGACCGGUCGAACCAGAACCAGUCCCAAAAUGGCUCCUAGCAUAAGCGACAACCAGGUGUAGCAUCGGGUAAGUAAGUAAUAAAAUUAUCAAACCAGGUGUAGCAUAGGGUAAGUAAAGUAAUAAAAUUAUCAAACCACGGGCCUCUAGAUAUGUUGUUACCUCAAUUUAGGUAUGUUAUCUAGCCAAAUAAGAGUAGUGAUAAGAAAAUAAGCUAACUACACUAACCUGACCACUACUACAAGGUUGGGAGCUCACUUAAGCAUGAAUCCCUCUAAUUUCUUUAUUUGGUUGACGUUGAGUACUACCCUAGAUUGAUUCAAUACUUCUUGAAGAAUUCUAGACUAGACUGAACUCCCUAUUCGAGGUAUCCAACCUCACUCAAUUCCUCUACCCGGAGAAGCAUACCAUACAACCAACAUAGGAGAUUGAGGUGUUAACAACCAACUCCCACGAUUGGAAAAUACAAAAUAUGAAAUGCUAGAUCCUUUAACACUCGUUCAAACACCCAUAGUGAGUGAUUGAAAGGUGCUCUAUUCAAGCUAGGAAAAUAUUCUCUCUCCUAGGUCAAAAACUCAAUUGACAUUUAGUGGGAUCAAGACUCAUGCAAUUCAUCAUGAACAUCAAUCAAAAAGAUAAUACAUAAUAGGAGUAGUCAAUCAUAGGAUUUGUCACAUACAUCAACAAUUAAACCAUAUUCUAGAACUAGGGUCCAUUAGCUUAAGUGAAGGAAAGCUAAUUCAUAGAGUAGAAGAGAGAGAGAGAAUACAAUACAGGGUUUAGA